CAUUUAAAAUAUUAGUAAAAUGUAUGAAUUGAAAGAAGUUAAAGAAAGUCGACGAACGAGAAUAGAAAGAAAAGACAAUAGUGUACGAUAAAGCAAAGGGAACAUAUUCCCGCCAUUUCGAUAAAUCGAACGAUAGGGCGUAGCUUGAUUAUUUACCAACAACUUUUCCAACAAUUAAAUUAUGAACAUUUAGAGUUUAAUGCUACAGUGUGGACUCUUGGCAAUAUUUAAGGGUAUUUUUUAUAAACAUACCAUUCGUAAUUAAAUAGUUGUUAACAAAUACUGGGAAUGGGAAUGUUUAUAAAAGGUAUUCUUGUUUUCUUACACGUUAAAGCAAAUUAAUUUACUUGCUCCCAACAUCCAAUACCAGACAAAAUAAAAGAAUCGAUUAAAUAUUUUCGCAAAAUUUAUCAUGAUUUUCGAAGAAUUCGUAGAACAGUUGCCGUAUUUGAUAAGCUUCAAGUACUUAUUUACACUCUGUGUACUUACACGAACACAAGACUUCCACUGACAUUGAAAGUAUUUUCGUUUACGUUGCGUGAAAAAUUUGAAUACGUUUACAAUAACAGAAAUAAGAAAAGUGUAGAUAUGAUUAAACGUAGGCUAGUAGGCACGUAAAUGCGAAUAAACACUUUCAUUCAUUCCUUAAAGUAAUUAAUAGAAUUGCAAUCUAGCAAUGCACGCUUUAGUACGAACUUUAUUAAUGUAUUUAUUACUCGAGUAUUUUGUCAUUGGUAGUCCAGAAGAAGAACAAGGUGUUAAAUAUGCAAAUAAAUGUGAAGUUUGCAAAGUCGUUGCCACCGAAUUGGAGGCCAGAUUAGACGAAACUGGGAAAACGCAUACUGUUCUAGAAAUUGGCUACUCUGUCGAAGAUGUGUCCCCUAAGAAAAAGAAGGAAUAUAAGAAAUCAGAAUUACGUUUAGUAGAAAGUAUGGAAAACCUUUGUGAACGGAUAUUGGAAUAUAAUAUUCAUAAGGAGCGCACGGACAGUACAAGGUUUGCUAAAGGAAUGAGUCAAACGUUUAAAGCUCUUCAUACGCUCGUGGACAGAGGUGUAAAAGUUGAGUUAGGAAUCCCAUAUGAAUUAUGGGACAAACCAUCCGUAGAAAUAACAACUUUAAAAACGCAAUGUGAAAAUCUACUUGAGAAUCACGAAUCCGACAUUGAAGAGUGGUAUAACAAGCAUCAAGGACAAAUUCCUUUGAUUAGAUAUUUAUGUUCCGAGAGAGCAUUAAAGGAGGGGGACGAUUCUUGCCUUAAAGAUAAAGAUGACGAUAAUAAAGAAACAAAGGAGAAAAAAAAAAGAAAAAAAAUGGAAAAUAUAAUGGAAAAUGCGAAAAACGUGAACGAAGAAUUAUGAAUCAUUAAACAGAUUUUUAUAACCAUAAUUUUUUUAUAAAACAAGCUCAUAACGUACCUCUGUUAUGAAUUUAUUUACGUCUUUGUAUCUAGUCUGCAAAUAAUAAACGUUCCGCGAACUGU